CGAGCGCCCGCCAUGCGCGCUGCCCCCGCCGCCCCGCUGCUCCAGCUGCUGCUCCUGCUGGGGCCGGGGCUCCAAGCUGCGGGUGUCGCGGAGCCGCUGCCCGCGGUGGUCCUUGCCAUCCUGGCCCGCAAUGCCGAGCACUCACUGCCCCACUACCUGGGCUCGCUGGAGCGGCUGGACUACCCCCGGGCCAGGCUGGCCCUCUGGUGUGCCACAGACCACAACAUGGACAACACCACGGAGAUGCUACAGGAGUGGCUGGCAGCUGUGGGGGAGGACUAUGCAGCUGUGGUCUGGAGGCCCAAGGGGGAGCCCAGGUCCUACCCAGAUGAAGAGGGUCCCAAGCAUUGGACCAAAGAGAGGCACCAGUUUCUGAUGGAGCUGAAGCAGGAAGCCCUCACCUUCGCCAGGGGCUGGGGGGCUGACUACAUCUUGUUUGCAGACACAGACAACAUUCUGACCAACAACCAGACACUGCGACUUCUGGUGGAGCGGGGACUUCCGGUGGUGGCCCCAAUGCUGGACUCCCAGACCUACUACUCCAACUUCUGGUGUGGGAUCACCCCCCAGGGCUACUACCGCCGCACAGCCGAGUACUUCCCCACCAAGAACCGCCAGCGCCGGGGCUGCUUCCGUGUCCCCAUGGUCCACUCAACCUUCCUGGUAUCCCUGCGGGCUGAAGGGGCAGCCCAGCUCGCCUUCUACCCGCCUCAUCCCAACUACACUUGGCCCUUCGACGACAUCAUCGUCUUCGCCUAUGCCUGCCAGGCUGCUGGGGUCUCAGUCCACGUGUGCAAUGAGCACCGUUACGGGUACCUGAACGUGCCCGUGAAAUCCCACCAGGGGCUGGAGGACGAGGGGGUCAACUUCAUCCACCUGAUCUUGGAAGCUCUAGUUGAUGGGCCCCCCAUGCAGGCCUCAGCUCAUGUGUCUCGGCCCCCAAAGAGGCCCAGCAAGAUGGGGUUUGAUGAGGUCUUUGUCAUCAGCCUGGCCCGCAGGCCUGACCGCCGUGAGCGCAUGCUGAGCUCACUCUGGGAGAUGGAGAUCUCUGGGCGGGUGGUGGACGCUGUGGAUGGCCGGAUGCUCAACAGCAGUGUCAUCAGGAGCCUCGGCGUGGACCUGCUCCCCGGCUACCAGGACCCCUACUCGGGCCGCACGCUGACCAAGGGCGAGGUGGGCUGCUUCCUCAGCCACUACUCCAUCUGGGAGGAGGUGGCUGCCAGGGGCCUGGCCCGGGUCCUGGUGUUUGAGGACGACGUGCGCUUUGAGAGCAACUUCAAGGGGCGGCUGGAGCGGCUGAUGGAGGAGGUGGAGGCAGAGAAACUGCCGUGGGACCUGAUCUACCUUGGCCGGAAGCAGGUGAACCCUGAGGAGGAGGCAGCCGUGGAGGGGCUACCAGGCCUGGUGGUGGCUGGGUACUCCUACUGGACACUGGCAUACGCCCUGAGCCUGGCAGGCGCCCGCAAGCUGUUGGCCUCCCAGCCUCUGCGUCGCAUGCUGCCCGUGGAUGAGUUCCUGCCCAUCAUGUUUGACCGGCACCCCAACGAGCAGUACAAGGCGCACUUCUGGCCGAGGGACCUGCGUGCCUUCUCUGCGCGGCCCUUGCUUGCUGCCCCCACCCACUACGCAGGGGACGCUGAGUGGCUCAGUGACACGGAGACAUCCUCCCCCUGGGAUGACGACAGCGGCCGCCUCUUCAGCUGGAGCGGCUCUCAAAAGACCCUGCGCGGGCCCCGUCUGGACCUGGCUGGCAGCAGUGGGCACAGCCUCCACCCCCGGGAUGAGCUCUAGAUGGUGACUCCAAAGAAGCUCCCAGGAGCAGGCCACAGCUCCCAGGGAGCAGAGGAAGAGGUUGCUG